AUGUCUGAUGGUUAUUGUAGUUCAAAGAAGACUGAUAAUAUCUGCCAAGAUGUUUGUGGACAGGAGGGCUCUCGAGCAGGCAAGGCCAUGUCAAGGCUUAAAUGUGUCCUAAGAGGAAUCGAUUUGAAAACAUAUCUGUUUCUCUUCACUCUCGUGCCAGUGUGCAUCUUCGGUAUCUACUUACACGGUCAGAAGAUCACGCAUUUCUUGAGACCUCUAUGGGAGUCACCUCCAAAACCAUUUAACAACAUCCUUCCGCAUUACUACCACGACAACACUUCCAUGGAAACGCUCUGCAGUCUUCAUGGCUGGAAAAUCCGCGAGUCUCCUCGAAGAGUCUUUGACGCUGUCUUGUUCAGUAACGAGAUCGACAUGCUGGCUAUACGUUGGAAGGAGUUGAAUCCUUACAUCACGCAGUUUGUGCUUCUUGAAUCGAACUCAACUUUCACCGGACUGCCAAAACCGUUGGCUUUCGCGGACAACCGGGACAAGGAAUUCAAAUUCGUUGAGCCAAGGCUGGCUUAUGGCCAAGUUGGAGGCAGAUUCAAGAAAGGCGAGAACCCGUUUGUGGAAGAAUCGUUCCAAAGGCUGGCGCUUGACCAACUGAUCAAACUCGCGGGCAUAAAAGAAGAUGAUCUUUUGAUUAUGUCGGAUGUCGAUGAGAUCCCAAGCGGUCACACCAUAAACCUGCUAAGAUGGUGUGACGGAUUCCCACCGAUUCUUCAUCUUCAGCUGAGAAACUAUCUCUACUCAUACGAGUUCUACGUCGACAGCAAAAGCUGGAGAGCUUCUGUUCAUCUCUACAAGCCUGGGAAAACAAGGUACGCUCAUUUCCGCCAAAGCGACAAUCUUUUGGCGGAUUCAGGCUGGCAUUGCAGCUUCUGUUUCAGACACAUCAAAGAUUUUGUCUUCAAGAUGAAAGCUUAUAGCCAUACCGACCGGGUCAGAUUCUUACACUAUCUGAACCCGAAACGAAUCCAAGAUGUUAUCUGCAAAGGAACUGAUCUUUUCGAUAUGCUCCCUGAAGAACACACUUUCAGAGAGAUUAUCGGGAAACUUGGUCCUAUUCCAAGGUCUUACUCGGCUGUUCAUCUCCCUGCAUAUCUGAUCCAGAAUGCUCAUAGUUACAACUACUUAUUACCUGGUAACUGCAAACGAGAUACUGCCUGA